CAGCAAUUAUUCAAAAAUGCUAGUUGCCGUAGUGUUAUUUUUAAUUAUUUUCGCUUUGAUUGAUCUUUACUAUAGAUUCAAUUAUAAAGGGAGGCUAUUUGCAAAAAUACCGGGUCCGACUCAAUGGCCGUUUAUUGGGAGAAGUUGGUCUAUAGUGUUACCACCUGAUUUCAGGUUAUAUUAUCUAACACUAAAUACAACGACAAGGAUGAACCUUACACGUAUUUAAAGCCUUGGCUUCGUGAAGGAUUAUUAAUUAGCAAUGGAACAAAGCGGCUCUUCUGGUUUGAUAAGUCAUUAAAACAGUCCAAUAAAAAAAUUCAGGUUUGAAAUGGCAUAAACGAAGAAAGAUGUUAACCCAAGCGUUCCAUUUUAACAUAUUAAAGAAAUAUACUGUUACCUUCAUGGAACAAACAGAUGCGUUCCUUAAUAAGGUUCAAGCUGAGGUUGGAAAAGAAACGAAUUUAAUUUCCCUCAUCACUAAGACUACUCUGGACAUAAUCUGUGAAACAACAAUGGGGACAUCAUUAAACGUAGACAUAGAAACAAUGACAAGCAAAUAUUUCAAAGCUAUACAUGAAAUUGGGGAAAUAUUUUUCGAUAGAACGUGCAUGGUAUGGCUCAGAAUUUAUUGGGUUUUUAAUAUAACAAAAACUGGAAAAUUAUUGAACAAAAUAGUCAAAGAUUUACAUAAAUUCACCAUGAAAAUUAUACACGAGAGGAAAGCAUCCUUAAAAAAUAAUUUAGAUGAUAGUUAAAGCAUAAAGGGACGCUUGGCAAUGUUGGAUCUUCUGCUUCAGAAUGAAAAAGACGGCAAUAUUGAUGCUAUUCGGGAAGAGGUUGAUACGUUUCUAUUCGAGGGGCACGACACCACUGCAUCGGCUCUUUGUUUUUUGAUAGUGGAAAUCGCUAAUGACACUACAGUACAGAAUAAAAUAUACGACGAAUUAACGCAUAUAUUUGGAGACACGAAACGCGCACCUACGAUGGACGAUUUAGCAGAAAUGAAAUAUUUAGAAUGUUGUAUCAAAGAAUCGCUUCGACUUUAUCCAAGCGUGCCCAUGAUAAGUCGAUAUAUGACGAAAGAAAUGCAGUUUGGUAACGGCUGCAAAAUACCUGCCGAAUCUGUCUGCAUUAUAUGUGUAUAUGACGUACACAGAUUACCCAAUUUGUAUCCUGAAACGGAAAAAUUUAUACCUGAACGGUUUCUUCCGGAGAACACUGUUGACCGCCAUCCUUUCGCCUAUAUUCCGUUUAGUGCUGGACCUAGGAAUUGUAUUGGUCAAAAAUUUGCCAUGUUGGAAAUAAAACCAUUGAUAUCGGGCCUAAUUAGGAGGUUUCACGUGGAUCCUGUUACUAAAACAACUGAUAUUCGUUAUAAAAGCGACUUGGUGCUGCGGUCGACUCACCCUCUCUAUGUACAAUUUAAGAAUAGAUAACAAAAAUAAACCUUUUAAAAAUGUACGAGUGUUUAUUAUAAACCACCGCUGAGAUUGCGUGCCUAACGCGGCUUUAUCAUUAUUUAACCGUAGAUUUAUUCCCUUUUUGGGCUACAGU